ACCCAACACCUGCACUCACUUCAUCCGUAGACGUUUACUGAACCAGACCCACAUGAAAGGACAUAUGGACCUACAUUUUUGUCUGUACAUCAGAUGGUUUGGGGCAAUGAGAUCAGAAGAUCAAGUUUAAAAUGCAACUGCAAUUCAAUUUCUUUGAAUUCGAGAUGGCGGUAUAGAACUUGACAAGCUGCUUUUCAAUUGACACGUAUUCCAAGGGAUUGUAUUGUUUUCUUGAGGAACUUGAGUAUUAACAUCCAACCUUGGAACUCCGAGGAAUGUACCGAUAACAUCUUAUUAUAUCUCCGUGGGCUACCUGAAUGGAUGUUGCCAUGACAGCACCUGGGACCCUACUCCUCCUGUUGGGUUUGUGUGUUUGCAGUACCACAGGCCUCCAGCACUCUGCUCCACGGGUCCGCCUGGCCUUCAAAGAACUUCUGGACACACGGGCUGCUCGUCCCUUCUCCUUCUCCUUCAACACCAGCGACUACAGGAUCCUGCACAUGGACCAGGACCAAGGCCGUCUCUACCUGGGCAGCCGGGAGUACCUGGUGGCUCUGGACAUGCACAAUGUCAACAAGGAGCCCCUCAUAAUCCAUUGGCCAGCUUCUGCCAAGAGAAAGGGCGAGUGUCAGAUGACGGGAAAAGGAAGACAGGGUGAGUGUGCCAACUUUGUGCGUUUGAUAGAACCAUGGAACCGCACCCACCUGUACACCUGUGGGACAGGAGCAUAUCAGCCCAUCUGUACCUUCAUCAACCGAGGCUGGAAGGCUGAGGACUACGUAUUCAGGCUGGUUCCUGGGUAUGUGGACUCAGGGAAAGGCAAAUGUUCCUAUGACCCCAACCAGGAGAAUAUUGCCUCUCUGAUCAAUGGCAAUCUGUAUGCUGGGGUGCAUGUUGACUUCAUGGGCACAGAUGCAGCCCUGUUCAGGACCAUGGGCGGGAGAGCAGCAGUCAGGACAGAGCAGUAUGACUCCAGAUGGCUGAAUGAGCCUGUGUUCGUCCAGAUCCACCAGAUCAAGGACAGUGCAGAGAGGAAUGAUGACAAGCUCUACUUCUUCUUCCGUGAGAAGAGCCUAGACUCCAGUGGAGGGGCGAGCCCCAGUGUUCUGGCCAGGGUGGGGCGCGUGUGUCUGAAUGAUGAGGGUGGCCAGAAGUCCCUAGUCAACAAGUGGACCACCUUCCUGAAAGCACGCCUUGUCUGCUCUGUGAUUGGAGAGGAUGGAGUGGAGACCUUAUUCGAUGAAUUGAGGGAUGUGUUUAUCCAGCCUUCUCAAGAUGAGCGGAAUCCUGUGGUGUAUGGCCUCUUUACCACGGCUGGCUCGGUGUUCAAGGGCUCUGCAGUCUGUGUGUACUCGAUGGCUGACAUCCGCAAUGUCUUCAACGGACCAUUCUCUCACAAACAUGGACACAAUUACCAAUGGACAGCCUAUACUGGCAAGAUUCCCUACCCUCGACCCGGGACAUGUCCAGGGGGAACAUUUACCCCAGGCCUUCGUUCCUCGAAAGAUUUCUCUGACGAGGCAGUCAACUUCAUCCGAGCCCACCCCCUCAUGUACCAUCCUGUGUACCCAGUCCAUCGGCGUCCUCUGGUGGUUCGUACUGGGGUGGACUACCGCUUCACUGCCCUGGUGGUGGACCAGGUGGAUGCUGUGGAUGGCCGCUACGAGGUGCUGUUCCUGGGAACAGAUCGAGGUACUGUCCAGAAAAUCAUAGUGUUGCCCAAGGACCCAAGCACCAGGGAGGAGCUGACUCUGGAGGAGGUUGAGGUUUUCAGGACACACGCUCCAGUCAAAACUAUGAAGAUAUCUUCCAAACGGCAACAGCUCUAUGUAUCCUCAGAGGCAGGCCUCACCCAGGUAUCCCUACACCGCUGUGGUGUGUAUGGUAAGGCCUGCUCUGACUGCUGUCUGGCCAGGGACCCCUACUGUGCCUGGGACGGGGAGACCUGCUCAGCCUUCACCCCCUCCACCAAGAGGAGGAGCAGAAGGCAGGAUGUGAAACAUGGAGAUCCACUAAGACAGUGCAGAGGCUUCAACGCUAAAGUGGAGAGGCGCCUGAGGGAAACCGUGCAGUUUGGGGUGGAGGGGAGCAGCACGUUCCUGGAGUGUCAGCCUCGCUCGCCCCAGGCCACAGUCAAGUGGCUCUUCCAGAGAGAAGGAAGGAGGAAAGUGCUCAACCGGGAUGGAGUCCUGAAGACUAAUCAGGGAAUCCUGCUUAAGUCUCUCACCCAAUCAGACGGCGGCCUGUACCACUGCCUGGCCACGGAGAACAACUUCAAACACACGGUGGCACGCGUGGCUCUGCGCAUUCUGGACCGAGACAUCGUGGUGGCCCUCACCUCCCCUGACGACGAGCUCAGCACCAACACUGCCCCAGGCAGCAGGAGCCAGGACCACCAGCAGCCCCGCCACCCUGCCCCCCCUGACCCUGAGCCGCUGUUCACAGACCCCUCCCAGCCUGAGAUCAGGCUCAUCCACCAGUACUGCCAGUCCUACUGGGAGCAGCUGGGCCUUCAGACGCAGCAGCCCAAACGCACCAGCCGGAGACACACAGAGAGUCAGGAGCGGGACCCUGAAUAGACACCUGUAGACUGGCUACACCGGACACUGACACCAGACCAGCGUAAUCUCCCUUGAUACAGUGACAUGUGACACUCUCACACCACAAACGGUUAUCUCAAUAUAGAGAUGUAAUAUAUUGAAUGUGUACAUAUCAUAUGGUCAUGACAGACCCAUGCUUUAUGAAUGUAUGAUAAUAUAAUAAUAUCAAAAAAAGAUAUUCCUGUUGCAUGCUUUACUUGGUUUGCAAAUUUGUACAUUUUGAUGUUUGAUGCUGGUUGCUUAACCAUGGUAUAGAUAAUAAUAUCUGUAUCCAUUCAAACUGACUAAUGCCUUUGGAAAUUGUAAUUGCUGUGACUUGUCCCUCCUUCAUGUUUUGUGACCAGUGUUUGUUUAUAUGAGUAUACAGUAAUCUCAGUAUUCCUUCAGUUAUGCACUUUGAUGGAUGGUGGUGGUUUUAGAGAUUGAAUCUGCACACAACAUUCAAGUUAAAAUGAACAAGUUAUAGUCCAGCACAAUUGUGAUAGACACAAACAUGUUAAAUACAUAUUUAUAAAUGGAAAAAUUGACCUGUUGAAUAGGAAAGGCAUGACAGGUAGGUGUAAGUAACUCCUGUAACCAGACACCCUUCACCACAAACUGCAAUGUGUUGUUCUACAUUACACUGGAAUUGUUGAAACUGCUAAUAAAGAGUUCCUUUCUUCCUAA